AUGUAUCUGGGAGAGAAAGGAUAUUCCAGGGGAGAAACUGACAAGACACUGUUUAAUAAAACCAACACUGAUCUCAUUGUAGCUCAAACUUAUGUUGAUGAUAUUAUCUUUGGUGGAUUUCCUAAAACAAUUGUUAAUAACUUCAUUGACAUAAUGAAAUCAGAAUUCGAAAUGAGCUUAGUAGGCAAAUUGUCUUGCUUUCUAGGGUUGCAGAUCAAACAGAGAAGUGAAGGUAUAUUUAUAUCGCAAGAGAAGUAUGCCAAGAACAUAGUCAAGAAGUUUGGUCUGGAUCAGUCACAAUACAAAAGGACUCCAGUUGUGACACAUGCUAAAAUUACCAAGGAUAUUGUUGGUAUUGCAGUAGAUCAUAAACUGUACAGGAGUAUGAUUGGAAGCCUCUUAUAUUUAACGACAAGCAGACCUAAUAUUGCCUAUGCUGUUGGAAUAUGUGCUCGGUAUCAGUCAGAUUCUCAUAUCUCCCACUUGAAUGCAGUUAAACGAAUAAUCAAAUAUGUUCACCGAACAACAUAUUUUGAAAUUCUGUAUUUCUAUGAUACAUCUUUCGAACUGGUGGGAUAUUGUGAUGCUGACUGGGCUGGUUCUGCUGAUGAUAGGAAAAGCACCUUUGGGGGAUGUUUCUUUCUUGGAAAUAAUCUUGUUUCAUGA